AUGGCAGAUGGAGUGAAAGUGGUGAAACAAGUGGUACCUGUAACGGUAGUUUGUGUGCGUGUGACAACGAUGGAGACGCUGACAGUAGCCAUCGUGCUUUUCUGCAGACUUGUUUUAGCCUAUGCAGUCUCAGGUGACCCGCAUGCGAUGAACUUUGAUCGCUUGUACACGCUUGGAAUCGCGUCGUACGAAGAAGAACGAUGGUUUCAGUGCGUAUCAUUCAUGAGUCGUUCAAUAGAGGAGCACAAGCACUAUUCUGAUGUAGUGUACAAGUGCCGUUUGCAUUGUAAGCAAGACGGUGCCUCAAAUGUGGCCAGGGAUUUUAUUCAUGACCAUGGCGAGCAACUGUUAAAUUUGUUCCUUAUUCAAGAUUUGGUAAAAAACGUUGAGUGUGUAAGGAGAUGCAAACUAAGGAAUCUUGGAGAAGGUCCUCGUGCGAUGAACAUAUUCAGAAGUAUUACACAGGCUUUUGUGGAAUUAAAACCAUACGAUUAUCUACAGAUUUGUGCAUUUAAGACAAAUGAUGUUAAGCAGGCAGUUGCAGCGGCGUACACCUAUUUUUUGGCUAACCCAAACCACACAGUGAUGCUUAACAACCUGCAGUAUUACAGGAAGAUGCCAAAUAUCCAUCCUGAUGACUUUGUUAAUCUGGAAGAGAAAGAUUAUCAGACUCACUACAUUGAUGGGUCACAUGCGUACACCGAGGAUGACUGGCCAACAGUUGUGGAGGAAAUGGAGUCUGCAUUGGAGGCGUUUUUCCCCGCAGAGGAGCGAUGUCGUUUUGAGUGUGAGGGUCUCCUGGACACCGGACAGAUUGGGGAUGUGACUGAUGUUCUCUCUACAAUAGCAGGUCUUUAUGUGGAGAUGAUAAAAUGUCAGUUGGGAUGUGAGAGAAAACUUGGGGUUAUCCACAGUCAAGUUAUCCAUGAUUAUGUGGCCGACCAUUACCAUUACCUGCAGUAUGCUUAUUUCAAGUUGAAGAACUAUGAGCAGGCUGCCCAGGCUGCGGAGUCAUACCUGCUGUUUAAACCUCACGAUGACAUCAUGCUAAACAACAAACUCUACUACCUGAAGAGAGGCUACGGAGAAAGUUUCUUUGUAGCCAGACAGGAUGCCCUGGAGUACUCAAAGCGUAAAAAGAUGUUGAGGGAAGUGGUCCGCCUGGCUGAGGAAACUCCACAGGAAGAAGAUGAUACUUACAAUGUGUUUCUCAAGAGGAAUUACAUCUCCAUGGGUGACUUCCGCGCCAACCCCGGCACGUUUGAGGAGAAUAACGUCGAAACUCCGGCUAAUCCCUUCAUCCAGCAUUUUGCCAGAAUAGGCAUCAAGGUGUUUGCUGAUGAGAAGGUGUUACAUGGCCCCAAGCGGUUUGCUGCUGAUGGGCUCAUGAGACCUGAGCAGUGUCAAGAACUCAUCUACCUCGCACAGGCUCAAUAUGACAACUGGGAAAAACCUCCCACAAUGCAGCAAAUCAACAUUCCACAAGCUGUAGAGCUGCUGAAGCGUGAGCAGGUGAGCGACCUGUCGUUACGAAUCCUCCUGCGGGCCAGUGAGGUGAGCAGGUUUUUCCUCCAGCAAUACCUCAACCUGACCAAAGUAUACCUUCAGGACACCAAGCUCAUCUGUAGAGACCACACAGACCCUGAUUCUGGUGAGAAGAACUGUUACAUCCAGGAAGACGGCAGCUGUGUCAAAUGGUUUCCUACCAAUGACAAGGCUGAUUAUGUAGCAGCCAUCCAUCUGAACAAAGUGAUGACAGGUGGAGAAAUCUAUGUGGCUGAUGAGAGUUUAAAUGGCCAGGGCAUGAUGUUAUCCCCAAAGUGUGGUAGAAUGGUGGGUUUCCCUGCAUCUACCCCACAUGGGGUGUUACCCUUCCCUUCGGGAGUCAGGUGUGUCCUGUGUAACUACUCCAAAAACCGUUCCUACGAUGAGAAAGCACACUCGCAUGCCUUCAGAUAUUUGGCCAAACUGGAGGACAGCAAACAAGAGGAGCACCUGGAGAGACUGCGUAACAGGAAGGCUGUGUUACAGGGGAUAAAGGAGUCGGGGAUAACCAUUACUAUGACUGACGAGGAUUUAGCAGGAGAGGAGCGUGUCAUUGCUGAUGAUCUGCUGUCACAAGAGGAGUGCAAGGUGUUGAGAGAAUUGGCCAAGAAAGGUUCUCUGACUGGUGAUGGUUAUGGGGAUAAGCGCUACAACACCCACUCCUCUAUUUCCCCUCAUACUAAACACGAGAUGUUCCAGGGGCUUACAGUUCUUAGAGCUGCUCAGUUGGCCAAUUUGGCUGCUGUAGAUGAGAGAUCUGUUCAGAUGUACCUCAACAUGAGUGAGAAGUCCCGUGACUUCGUGGAGAAAUAUUUCAACCUGGAGUCACCGCUGUAUUUUGACUUCACUCAUCUGGUGUGUAGAAUGGCAAUAGAGAUGAAUGGGAAGAGAGAUGACUUAAGCCACCCUGUCCAUGCUGACAACUGUAUACUACAAGAGGAUGAGACCUGUGUGCGACAGUUUCCUGCCUACACACAGAGAGAUUACAGUGCCCUUCUGUAUUUGAAUGAUGAUUUUGAAGGAGGAAACUUCUUUUUUGCUCAUGCUAAUAAGUCUGAGCAGGUGUCAGUUAGACCAAAGUGUGGUCGUCUUGCAGCGUUUAACGCAGCAGCAUAUCACGGGGUGAAGGCUGUCACUAAGGGGGAGCGCUGUGCUCUGGCGCUCUGGUUUACUCUCGACCCAGACUUCAAAGAGAUCGCUCACAUCCAAGCGAAAAAAAUGUUGAGGGACAGGAAGAAUGAUCCUAACUACAAUCUGCCUUCUUCCUCGCCUCUCUUCACAAUGCCAGGGAUACCUGAAAAGGAAACAGAUUCUUCCUUCCCAGGGCGACCAGUGAAAUCAAAACUACUAAAUGAUGAUGAAGACACAUCUGAUGAAAAAACAAAUGAAUCUCAAAAGAAUGACAUGUCUGAUGAAUCUGUUGAUGAGGAUGAUGACAAAUCUGACAAUGAUGAAUCUCUUGAUGAUGAUGAUGAAUCUGAUGACAAUGAUAGUGAUGAAAACUCUGUAGAAAAAUCUCAGAAUGAGAAGAAAUCAAAUGAAAAAGAAACUUUCUUGAAAGAGACAGAUGAAUCUGUGGAGGAAGAUGAAACCAAAGACUUACACAGUUCCGAAUCAGAUUCUGUUGAUUCAGAUGCUGAUGAGGAUCUGUUUUCAUAUCGAAAUGAACUCUAA